AUGGACACCAAACAAGACGAUUACUGGACGAUGCGCCGAGCGAAUGCUCUCUCCCGCACUCUCUCAUUGUCCUUCGCCAACAUCGUCAACAUGAGCUUUUUUGAUUAUUCCUUCGAACUUCAGCUACCAGCAGGCUCUCAGAGCACAGAAGCCGAUCAUUUUGACCCUGGCUGGUAUGAGCCUGGUGGCCCAUUGAGCUUGAGCGACACUCCAGAAUUUGUCCACACUCCCUCUAUGGGCAGCGGCGAAAGGCUGAUUGUGGUUCUCCACAUAUCCCCAUCGCGACUCGCAUCAGCGACUAGUCAUGGUAGCUCCAUCGGAGACAAAGAAAUGCGAGCCAAAAAGGUCAUUUCAAAGCAAAAGAAGGAAGACGGAGUAGCGGAAAAGAUGGGCUCUGAUGUCAGAAUCAUCAGCACAGCUACUGGAUAUCAUAUCGGAGGCGUUUAUUGGCAAGCGCCCGCCUGUGACACAACCAUCCCCUCCUCACCCGCCGAGAUCAGCGAGUAUGUCGAUAUGCUUGUCAAGGCAAUAUUGAACAAUCAGGGCUGCCGAGAGCGCGAAAAUCGUCAGCAGUUUCUUAAUCGCUGGGGCACCGGAUCUUCUUUCUACACGAUAUUCGAGGUGGAAGCUGCCGCUCGCGAGGUCAUCCUCGGAAUGAAAGAGAUUCAUGAAAAUGGUUGGACCAAGGCCAUCUACGACAAGGACGAGCGCGAGUGCUACCAACAGACGAUGUUUUACUCGUUCGCGGAUCGGUUCACAGCCAUUCAUGAGCUGCUAAUGCACUCAAAGACCACUUGCAAGGACGUCAUGAAGGGGACAAAGUUUUACGCCAUCAUCGGAAACCCGCGAGUGCUCAGCAAGCGCACCAAGAUGAACGUCCACUCAAAUUCCCGGAAAGCAGUCCGGAUUGCCAAGGGCAUGGAGUUCAUGAAGCGGCAACAUGAGGACACUGCAAAGAACGAGUACGAUGCAGCUGAAGAAGCUGCCGAAGAUGAUCACCCUCGUCCGAAGAAGCGCGCAAAGAAACGCCAUUUUAGAUAG